GGCCGGGGCAGCUGCAGCCAGCAGCCUGCUGACCGUUUGCCUUGGGUACGGUGGUUCCGGUAGGAGAUACUAUAGAUAGGAGUAGCACCAAUGCAAGCAAUUAACCCAGCCAGACCACCCAGACAACCAACCAACAAACUUAUUAGCUUGUUGCUGGCCGCACCACCACCGUACAACCAGCAGCAGUCAGCAGGCAGACGAUGCAGCCGCCGGAGGUGGUGGACGGCGACACGCCGGCGCUGCGGUCCGCCGCGGACGCCGCGCGCAUGGUGUGGGACGAGUCGAAGCGCCUGUGGGGCAUCGGCCUCCCCAUCGCCGUGGGCACGCUCAGCGCGUACGCCCUCAGCUCCGUCACCCAGAUGUUCGCCGGCCACCUCGGCAACCUCCCCCUCGCCGCCGCCUCCAUCGGCCUCUCCGUCUUCGCCACCUUCGCGCUCGGCUUCCUCCUCGGCAUGGGCAGCGCGCUCGAGACGCUCUGCGGCCAGGCCUUCGGCGCCGGCCAGGUCGCCAUGCUCGGCGUCUACCUCCAGCGCUCCUGGAUCAUCCUCCUCGCCGCCGCGCUGCUCAUGUCGCCGCUCUUCGUCUUCGCCGAGCCGCUGCUCCUGCUCAUCGGCCAGGACCCGGACGUCGCGCGCGAGGCCGCCAGGUUCGUGCUCUACAUCCUCCCCGCCGUCUUCGCCAUGGCCAUCAACUUCGCCGCCGGCAAGUUCCUCCAGGCGCAGAGCAAGGUCACGGUGCCCGCCUGGAUCGGCCUCGCCGCCCUGCUCGCCAACAUCCUCCUCAAUUACCUCUUUGUCGUCCUCCUCGGCUGGGGCCUCCCCGGCGCGGCCGCCGCCUACGACCUCGCCCACUGGGGCAUCGCGCUGGCGCAGGCCGCCUACAUCAUCGGCUGGUGCGGGGACGGCUGGAAGGGCUGGUCCGCCGCCGCCUUCCACGACAUCUGGGCCUUCGUCAAGCUCUCGCUCGAGUCCGCCGUCAUGCUCUGCCUCGAGAUAUGGUACCUGGGCCUCAUCACCGUGCUCACCGGCGACCUCGAGGACGCGCAGAUCGCCGUGGACUCCCUGGGCAUAUGCAUGAGCAUCAACGGAUGGGAGGCCAUGAUCUUCAUCGGCCUCAACGCGGCCAUCAGCGUCCGGGUCUCCAACGAGCUCGGCUCCGGCAGACCCAGGGCCGCGUGGAACGCCGUCAUGGUCGUCGUCGCGGAGGCGCUGCUCAUCGGCGUCCUCUGCAUGGUGCUCGUGCUUGUCUUCAGGGACAGCUUCUCCAUCAUCUUCACCAGCGACGAUGACCUGCGGCGCGCCGUGUCCAGGAUCGCCGGCCUGCUGGGGAUAACCAUGGUGCUCAACAGCGUGCAGCCGGUGAUCUCGGGGGUGGCGGUCGGGGGUGGAUGGCAGGGGCUCGUCGCCUACAUCAACCUCGGCUGCUACUACAUCUUCGGCCUGCCCCUGGGAUACAUGCUCGGCUACCACCUAAACUUUGGAGUUGGGGGGAUUUGGUCCGGCAUGCUCUGUGGUAUUGCUCUCCAGACGCUCAUCUUGCUAGCCGUGGUCUGGAGAACAGAUUGGAAAGCAGAGGCCGCCCAAGCUUCAAGCCGCGUGCAAAAGUGGGGCGGCAAGGGCACUGAUGAUGAACAAGUCAACAAGCCUCUCCUAGAAUGAAUGUCGAGAGUUUAAUUACCUUUCCCUUCUCUUGCCAAAAAAAUGGCACUUUGCCCUCUUUAGGACAGAGGCGUCCUUAAUUUUUUGACUAGUAUUUGAAUAACUGUAAACUGGAUUGGAUUCACCUAUGAGCUAGCUAGCUUUGAUGAUGGCUUGGAAUGAACUUGAACAACUUUCUCUUAUUUCUCCCCUCGCUCAUAGUCAUAGGGUGAAUCAGCACAGCAAGUAGCAGUAUUCUUGAAACAUACACCAUGCUAUCUGAAUAUAUCUAAUCACUGAGAAUCUGAAAUACUUACUAGAGGUGUAUCAUACAAGAAGUGGUUCUGGUCAAGUAAUUAAUUGCAUCUGUGUCAUUGUGUGACUUGAAGGAGCGGUCCACUAGACUCUGUUCGGCUGACUGCGGCUGGUGGCUAGUGCCAAUUUGCUGCGAGAGAAAAUUACUGCUGGCUGGCUGAUGACUGAUGCUGAUUUGACGUGAGAGAAAAACACUGUUGCUGGUUGCCGCCCAAGCUUCAAGCCGCGUGCAAAAGUGGGGCAGCAAGGGCCCUGAUGAUGAACAAGUCAACAAGCCUCUCCUAGAAUGAAUGUCGAGAGUUUAAUUACCUUUCCCUUCUCUUGCCAAAAAAAUGGCACUUUGCCCUCUUUAGGACAGAGGCGUCCUUAAUUUUUUGACUAGUAUUUGAAUAACUGUAAACUGGAUUGGAUUCACCUAUGAGCUAGCUAGCUUUGAUGAUGGCUUGGAAUGAACUUGAACAACUUUCUCUUA